CCAGCCUUCUGUCUGGGCUGCAGGAUAAAAGCUCCUCCUGCCAGGCUGCUGGAUCAGUCUCAGGUCCAGGCUGCACCCUGAUCUGCAUUUGAAGUAUCUUUCAUUUUGAAAUCAUCUCUGAGUUUCCAGCAUGUCGACUGCACAGAGUCUGCAGGAGGUUUUCACCAACAGCACCGAAAACACCACCAGAGCCCAGGACUGGACCGAGGUGUACGAAGCCGUCAGGUGGAUCCAGCUCGUCAUGGCUGUUCUCAGUAUUCUGGGUUCAGGCUCCAUCAUCAUCUGUGUGAUGUUACAGAGACUCAGCCGGACGCCGGAGCUGCAGCCUCUGUUCCUGCUCAGUGUGUCGGACCUGCUGCUCGCUCUCUGCUGGCUGGUCGGAGCUGCUCUGUUCUCUCGACACUGCAGCCACCUGCACACGCACUGCUACCACCUGCACACUGUGGAACAGAUCCUCUACAUGGCCUCCUUCUUCUACACGCUCAACUACAUGUGGAACCUCUACACCGAAAUCAGAGAGAAGCUCUACAGCUGCAUGACCGGAUACUCGGUACACUUUUCCAACAGAGUGAGCACCGCUGGCAAAAUCACCGCGCUGCUUUCAGGUCUGUUUCCUGUGCUGCUGAUGGCACCUGUUUUCAUACAAGGAAACAUCAGCCAAUGUCAAGCUAACUUCAGCGAGCCAUACAGGUGUCUGCUGAUGCACACCGGAGCGCUGUAUCUUACCUCAGAGCACCAGCAGCCAAUCAGAGCCUGCAGCCUGCUGCACACCUACUGCAUGGGCAUCUUCCUCGCCACCUUCUUCCUCACACUUCUCAGCAUUAUUGUGCUCGUGGUCAAAGCCUGUCAUAUUUACAGGCGGGUCGUGACAUCAAACGGUUACUUAGGCAACCAGCAGCGGGCCUCCUUUCGUGUGAUGGACCGGCGGAUGCUCCUUUACCCGCUGAUCUUCGUCCUCUGUUGGGGUCCAGCGGUGGGUCUGGCAUUUCUUCAGGUGGUGAAACCCACAGCGGGUCAGGGCAAGGCCGGGGUCGCCCUCUACAUAUCACAGGCUUUCACCUCAGCCUCUCAGGGUUUCCUAAACUGCCUGGUCUACGGAUGGACCCGUGCACAUCUCCGCCGAGCCGGCAGGAGGGUUCUAUCCCGAGACGUGGACACUCAGACGCCUCUCCUGAGGGCACAGAAGAAAAGAAGCUACCAAACGCUCCGCACCCUUUGCUGAAAGAAAGAGAAGUGACAAAGUGAGACUGAGUAGGUGUUUUUUCAGUCAUCUGCUGCAAAGACUCGAGAGGAAAGAUCUAUACUUUCACUUCAGUCAGUGAGAGGGAAAACACCGGGGCUGAGUCUCUGCAGGGGUUUUGAUUUCCACCUCAGAUCCUGAACCACUGAGGCGAGAAAAAGGGAAGAAGAAGAAAGAGGGGGACUUUACUACGAGAGGAAGAGCACGCAUUGAAAGACACGUGGCUGCAUUCACUCUGUAAACAAAACCUCACGGGUGGUUUGAAGUUAUUUUUAAAUCUUACAGUUUAGAACAAUUGAUUUUUUCUUACCUUAAAAUCAGAAUCAGAAUCAGAAUCAGAAAUACUUUAUUGAUGGGGAAAUUCUUUUGUCACAAUUGCACUUGUCAAAGGUAGAUACAUAAAGAGUAUAUAAAUAUAAUAGUAUAAAUAUAAAAAAAUAAAG